CAACAGGUCGAUUGCGAAAGCGAUGGAUCUAAAGCGCUGUCCCAUCGCGUGAAGUGAGUUUCCCACAGCGUCAUCUUUGCCUUGCUCGAUGGUAAUUAUCGCAGUCACCGACGCAGAUGGCCUAGAAUGCGACCUCACUCAACCACGGGUCGAGUCCCGCUGCCUCUGGAUGGCAUCUCCGCUGGCGACUCAGACAUUGAACGGUCUAACAUAACCGAGGUUUCGAACAUUGGCCAUGUCAAAGGGAAAACCAAUCCUGCUGCGCCUGGAGAGUCAAUCACAGCCAUAGCAGAUGGAAUUGAUAUUCCUCUCAACAUCGAUGCGCUAGAUCCAGCAUUCCAGCUCUCAGAAUGUUUGCGAUUGAACGGCAUUGAGGGCCUCCUCGAGGAGGACUACCCAUCAUCCCUCGAUACGAGAUAUCAAUCACCAUUCGCAUGGUCAAUACGAAAGAAGAUCACGGUGCUCUUUGGAACCUUCUUCGCCUCGACCCUGGCCGCCUACUCUGCCGGCGCAUAUGCCAUGGCCGCUGCCCCUCUGAUUGAGAAAUGGCGUCUCACGAACACCGAAUUCAAUCUAGGCAUCACCCUCUUCGUCUUGGGUUUCGGUUUCGCGCCCAUGAUACUAGCCUUGAUCAGCGAGAUCUACGGUCGCUACUGGGUCUUUGUUGGUUCAGGUGCCGUAUUUUUCCUGGGAACCCUGGGCUGCGCGGUGACACAGUCGUUUCCUGGCAUGUUGAUCUCUCGUCUGAUUACAGGCAACGGGGCAUCAGUCUUUGCGACGCUGACCGGGGGCGUGGUGGGAGACGUAUUCCACAAGGAAAAUCGCAACACGCCCAUGGCCCUCUAUUCACUCACGAUCAUGAUUGGAACCGGGUUGGGUCCCAUGAUCAGCGGCAUAAUCGUCGACAACCUCCAUUGGAGAUGGAUUUUCUACGUGCAGAUGAUCACUGUCGGUUCCACCACGUUAGCCAUCUUCUUCUUCUUUGCCGAGACGCGGAGUAAUGUUGUACUUGAGCGGAAGUGCGUGGCUCUCAACAAACAUUUCGACGGCAUUCGACUGCAGCGGGUCUCGUCGCCGACUGGGGACAAGAGUGGACUGCGACAGGGCACCGAGCAGCUGAGCAAGGGACAGUCGCAGUCUAUUCGUGUCCAGUUCCGCGCCCAUUUUGAGGGCCCUAAGCUUGACAUGAGCAUCAUGUGGCGGAGCUUCUCCUUCCCCCUGAAACUCCUUUGCACCGAAUCCGUCGUCUUUUGGUUCUCCGCCUGGGUUUCAUUCGCAUGGGCGAUCCUGUAUAUGCAGUUCAACAGUAUCGGUCUGGCAUUUCGCUCCGUGUAUGGCUUCAACAGCAGCCAGGUAGGAGGUAUCUACACUUCAGUCAUUGUUGGAUCGGUAAUCGGAGCGGCGAUUACAAUCUUCCAGGAGCCGAUCUUCAAGAAGUUCAUGCCUCACCGGAUGGCAACGCCGGAAGGGAGACUCUAUUCUGCAUGUGUUGAGUCACUCUUCCUGCCGAUUGGGCUGUUUUGGUUUGGCUGGAGCUCAUCUCCCAACGUACCCUGGAUUGUGCCGGCGCUCGCAAUCACCUCCGUGACGGUUGGCAUCUUCACCAUCUAUCUGGCUGUGUUCAACUAUCUGGCGGACACCUACCACCGAUAUGCCUCCUCCGCUCUAGCAGCACAGUCUAUGUGCCGGAACUUGCUUGCCGGAGUGUUCCCUUUGUUUACAAACAUCAUGUUCCAGAGGCUUGGGUACGGUGUCGCGGGAAGUCUACUAGGUGGCAUUGGCUUGCUUCUUUCGCUUGUUCCUUGGUUGCUGUGUAUCUACGGGGAGAAGAUCAGGGGUCGCAGUCCUUUUGCCGGACAACUCAAAGCAGGGUGA